AUGGCCACGCAUCACAGGCAAAAUGCUGCUGGGCGGAGAAAAGUACAGGUGUCCUAUGUCAUUAGAGAUGAGGUGGAGAAGUAUAAUCGAAAUGGGGUGAAUGCGCUCCAGCUAGACCCUGCUCUGAACCGGCUCUUCACUGCUGGGAGGGACUCUAUCAUCCGGAUAUGGAGUGUCUACCAGCACAAGCAGGACCCGUACAUUGCCUCGAUGGAGCAUCAUACAGACUGGGUUAAUGACAUAGUUCUCUGUUGCAAUGGAAAAACAUUGAUAUCUGCCUCAUCGGAUACGACAGUGAAAGUAUGGAAUGCACACAAAGGGUUCUGUAUGUCGACGUUACGAACACACAAGGACUACGUGAAAGCUCUGGCCUACGCUAAGGACAAGGAGCUGGUGGCAUCGGCAGGUCUGGACCGACAGAUCUUUCUUUGGGACGUGAACACACUAACGGCACUCACUGCUUCCAACAACACUGUUACCACCUCUUCACUGAGUGGGAACAAGGACUCUAUCUACAGUCUGGCUAUGAACCAGAUGGGCACAGUCAUUGUAUCUGGAUCCACAGAAAAGGUUCUGAGAGUGUGGGAUCCUCGAACAUGUGCUAAACUGAUGAAGCUAAAAGGUCACACAGACAACGUCAAGUCGUUGCUGUUGAAUCGCGACGGCACUCAGUGCCUGUCGGGCAGUUCUGACGGGACUAUUCGCCUGUGGUCGCUCGGACAGCAGAGGUGUAUCGCCACCUACCGGGUGCAUGAUGAAGGGGUGUGGGCCCUGCAGGUCAAUGAGGCCUUCACACACGUCUACUCUGGGGGCAGGGACAAAAAGAUCUACUGCACUGACCUGCGUAACCCAGACAUCCGUGUGCUCAUCUGUGAGGAAAAGGCCCCGGUGCUCAAAAUGGAACUGGACAGAUCUGCUGACCCACCUCCAGCAAUCUGGGUCUCCACCACCAAGUCAUCCGUUAAUAAAUGGUCUCUAAAGGGAAUGCACAACUUCAGAUCAUCAGGGGAGUACGACAACGACUGCACCACCCCUCUGACACCACUGUGUACUCAGCCAGAGCAAGUCAUCAAAGGAGGUGCCAGUAUUAUCCAGUGCCACAUUCUGAAUGACAAGAGACACAUACUCACCAAAGAUACCAACAACAACGUGGCUUUCUGGGAUGUCCUAAAGGCUUGCAAGGGUGAAGACUUGGGGAAAGUGGAGUUUGAUGAAGAGAUCAAGAAGCGCUUCAAGAUGGUCUAUGUGCCAAAUUGGUUCUCUGUUGAUCUGAAAACUGGGAUGCUCACUAUCACACUGGAUGAGAGCGACUGCUUCGCCGCCUGGGUGUCCGCAAAGGACGCAGGGUUUUCGAGCUCUGAUGGAUCCGACCCAAAGUUGAACCUGGGCGGACUGCUGCUGCAGGCUCUGCUGGAGUUCUGGCCCAGAACUCGCAUCAACCCCAUGGAUGAGGAAGAGAACGAGGUGAACCACGUGAACGGAGAGCAGGAGAACAGGGUCCAGAAGGGAAAUGGAUAUUUCCAGGUGCCACCACACACGCCAGUCAUCUUUGGGGAAGCAGGAGGCAGAACUCUAUUUAGGUUGCUAUGUAGAGAUUCAGGCGGGGAGACUGAAUCCAUGCUGCUGAAUGAGACGGUUCCACAGUGGGUUAUUGAUAUAACUGUAGAUAAAAAUAUGCCCAAGUUCAACAAAAUCCCGUUCUACCUCCAGCCCCAUUCCUCCUCUGGUGCAAAAACUCUGAAGAAGGACCGUCUCUCAGCCAGUGACAUGCUCCAGGUGAGGAAGGUGAUGGAGCACGUUUACGAGAAGAUCAUCAACCUGGACAACGAGUCGCAGACCACCAGCUCCACGGCCAACGAUAAACCCGGGGAGCAGGAGAAGGAGGAGGACAUGGCCAUGCUAGCCGAGGAGAAGAUUGAGCUAAUGUGUCAAGACCAGGUUCUGGAUCCCAACAUGGACCUGCGAACAGUUAAACAUUUUAUCUGGAAGAGCGGAGGGGACUUGACGCUUCACUAUAGGCAGAAGUCCACGUGAAAGUCAUAAUUUUUAAAACAAGAACUCUUUGUCAUUUGCCAAUCACCACCCACCUCUGACAUGUAGUACCCUAAACCCCAUUGUGUGGUCAAGAGUCGCGGUAUCAAUGAGAAUCCAGUAAAAAUUUGUGAGGACGUGGCUCGUGGUGUAUCAUAGGGAACUGACCAGUACAGGCCGGAGCAGUCAACAGACACCUGGGAGAUAAAUGGUCCAUAUUGUUUCUUUUUUUACAGUUUGAAGAAUGGACUCCAACAUUUUCUCCAGCACACACCGACUUUGUUUUUUGUUUUUUGUUUUUUUUUUGUUUUUUU